UCAGAAUAAAAUGAUAAAAUGGUUUUGUAUGCUCUUCAUUUUUGAAUAGUUGCUUGCACAGGAUUUCCAUGUUACAAUAGAAGAAAUUAAAGAAGAAAUCAGUAAGAUCUCCAUUUAUUCAGAUAGAUAAAAGGAAGAUUUACUUUGGAUCUACAGUCAGAAUAGAACAUUAAACUUCAGCAUAUUUUCUCCAUUCCCACUUGGUGUCUUAUGGAAGUGGAUCAGGAUAGCAAUCUGUCACUGGAAUGCAGGCUGAUCAUGAUUAUAAUAGUUUAUGGACUAUCAAAGAGUGUCACAAUCAACCACUGAAAAAAUAUGGUAUUUAAUACGUGUGAUUAUUAUAGAUGAUCAAAUAAAGUGCGGAGAUUGCAUUAGAUUAGAGCAUAUGUUGACAUUUAGAAAUCUACAUUCUCAUCCUCAUUAAGCUCCUUUUUCUGGCAAUCAAGAAGUUUCUGCCUAUGGAGAUAAUGGCAAUGGAGAUGCAAGUAUAACUAUUAAUAUGUAUUCUUUAGGUGAUGAUUGGAUAUUGGAAUGUAUAGACUAGAAGAGUGGUGAUAAUUUUCAGGCAUCAAUGUGGUUUUAUUUGAAACAUAAAUUAACAUCAAAAUAUUUGAGAAGUAAUAAAAAAGAUAAUUUCAAUCAGAGAAAUUGUGGAUAUCAUUGUCCUAUUGAGGGUUAACUUGAAAUUAGUGCUUAAUCUGCCAAAAAUGCAGAUGCUAAAUGGAAAAUACAUUCAGGAUUAUUCUAUCAAUAACCAUAACUAAUAGAAGAUGAUUAUGAUUAGGAUGGAAGACAUUGCAACACCUAUGGAUAAUGUGAUGACAUUGAUGAUGAUGAAUUUGAGACUGUUGUAUAAAAAGACUUGUGA